AUAACCUAAUUUCGAAGAAUCAGCCUUGUCAUCGCCGGAAAACAUUUCUCAGCAUAAAUUGCUUUUAUUUGCUUUAUUUGUCGUGAAAAUCCAGUGAAAUUUUGUGGUGAACUGUAAUCAUGGACUUUGGGAAUGAUUGGAUGGAUGCUAAGCACAGCACGGGGACAACCAUCAUGGCUGUGGAGUUUAAGGAUGGCGUGAUAAUUGGGGCAGAUUCCCGCACGAGCACUGGCACUUAUGUGGCCAACAGGGUGACGGACAAACUCACCAGAAUCACCGAUCACAUUUACUGCUGUCGCAGUGGAUCAGCUGCAGACACUCAAGCUAUUGCCGGAAUUGUGGCUUAUUCCCUCAAUUACCACGAAAAUCAGACUGGGGAGGAGCCUUUGGUGUCUGAGGCAGCUGCUGAGUUCAAGAAGUACUGCUACAAUUACAGAGGUGAGCUCGUGGCGGGGAUUAUUGUGGCCGGAUGGGAUAGGAAAUUAGGUGGUCAGGUCUACUCCAUCCCUCUGGGGGGCAUGUGUGUUCGAGAUAAAGUCACAAUUGGCGGUUCCGGAAGCUCCUAUGUCUACGGAUUCGUCAAGGAAUACUUCAAGGAGAACAUGGCCCAGGAAGAGUGCGUGAACUUCGUGAAGAAGACAGUCUUUCAUGCCAUGCAUCACGAUGGAAGCUCUGGAGGAGUCUGUCGUAUUGGGAUCAUCACGAAGGAUGGAGUGGAACGCAGGAUCUUCUUUGCACCUCACGAGGGGGUUUCCGUUGAGCCCCAAGCCACUCCAAUGGCUGUAUCAUCUUAAGAUGGAAUCUUUGUAUGCUCUGAUUCAAUAAAUAAUUAAUUAAAAUCA